AAAAAUAUCCCUAUUUAUAAUAAAUCAAUCACAUCUGUAGAUAAUUUGAAAAGUUUAAAUACUCGUGUAUACGAAUUAUCCCCUAUAGUAAACAAGAACUUAAAAUCAUGUACUAUGAUCUAUAACGAUGAUAAGGAAGAAAAUAAGGAAUCAUAUGAAAAGAAUGAUAAGAAAACAAAUACAUUAAAUACCUUGAAUUUAAAAGAAUUAAGAAAUGAACAAGAAAAUAUAUUUAACAAAAAUGAUAUUCAACAAAAGGAAGAUAAAAAUAAAAAUAUCUUUAAAUAUAGAAAUGAUACAGAAAAUAGUAUGUCAUUAAAAAAAACAAUAAGUGAUUGUGAAGUGUCUAAAUCACAAAAUACUUUGACAGGUGAAGAAAAUUAUGAUUCCAAUUAUUAUAUAAGUAAAAAUAUUUCAAAAUAUAAUAUGGAUAAAAAAGAAUAUGAAAAAAAUAAUCAACUAAAAAUGUCAGGAAAAGAUAUUAGGAAUAUAUCACCCAAUUUGGAUAAAUUAAAUGAUAAAAAAGAUUUUUAUGGUAAUGACAUGUCAACUCAAAAUAGUUCCGAAAAUUUCUCUUCUUUUGAAAAACCAAUGGAAAUAAAUAAUUCAAACUAUAAUCUUUGUAAUAAAUAUUUAAAUCAUGAAAAGGAUCAAAAAAUAAAUAGUGUACAUAAUUUAAAUGAUAAUAAUAAUAAUAAUAAUAAUAAUAAUAAUAAUACGAAGAAGGAGAAUAAUAUAUUAUCUAAAGAUAUAAUAAAUCAUAAUAAUAUUACAGAUAUAUGUUAUAACAAUAAUAAUUCAUACAAAUAUUUUGAUGAAAUUGCAAAAGAAAUGGAAUAUGCUAAGAAUAAUAAUUAUGAUUUAAAAAAAAAACUACAAGAACAGAUACUUAUACAACGUGGUCUCUUAAAGAUAAAAGAACAACAGCAAGUAUAUUUGGAACUUUUGAAAAAAAAUGACAUAAAACAACAUAAGGAAAAUAUUCAUAAUAUAAUAUAA